GACAAGGUUGAGGCUAAGGAGGAUCUCAAGGGUGUUCCGGAGUUUUGGCUGUCGGCGAUGAAAAACCAUUACCCGCUUGCUGAGACUAUCACCGAUAGGGAUGAGGCUGCGCUUAAAUUCCUCACCGAUAUUCGCAUGACCUAUCUUGACCGUCCAGGGUUCAAACUUAUCUUCGAGUUCGCCGAGAAUGAGUUUUUCACCAAUAAGGAAAUCACCAAGACUUAUUACUACCAAGAGGAGAGUGGUUACGGAGGCGAUUUCAUCUAUGACCAUGCUGAGGGUGACAAAAUUAACUGGAAAGAUGGCAAAGACCUUACUGUGAGGGUCGAAUCCAAGAAACAGAGAAAUAAGAACACUAAGCAGACCCGCGUUGUUAAGCGCACCGUUCCCACCGAGAGCUUCUUCAAUUUCUUUAACCCUCCUAAACCUAUUAGCAGUGACGACGAUGAAGAGGACAACGAUGAGGAGCUUGAAGAGAGACUCGAACUUGAUUACCAUCUCGGUGAAGAUAUCAAGGAAAAGCUUAUCCCCCGUGCUGUUGACUGGUACACUGGCGAGGCUCUUCAAUUCGAAGAACUGGAGGACGAAGUUGAGGGUGAGGACUUUGAUGACGAUGACGAUGAUGAUUUGAGUGAGGACCGGGACGAUGACGAUGACGAUGAAUCUGAAGACGAGGACGAUGGUACAAAGCCCAAACAGGAAGCGGCCGAGUGCAAACAGAGUUAGACGCAUAGUUAAUGUCUCUUUCUUCUCAAAACAUGUCGGUCUCUUUCUUUCAUGAUCAAUGCGUAAAUGUGUAAGCAGUCUGGAAUUUCCUUUUUCUAGUGUGCUCUACAAUGAGGUUGGGGUAGACAAAAGGCGGGGAGAAUGGGUUGUGGGUUAAGGUACAAAUUAUUAAGGUGGAAGGGCAAGUUAGCUAGUUCACUGAAAUAUCUUUUUUUCCUUCA